CUGGUACUGGCCUACCAGGCCCGGGCAGCUACUGGAAUGAUGGACCCAUUUCUCAGAAGGGAGGACAGAGGCUCAGGAGGACCAGAGUCGCCUAGGGACAGGUGACAAGUGAGGGGCUGCGUGUUACCAUUUCAGAAGUAGCCUGAGCUGGUUUGAGCUAUUAAAAACAACACACAGUGGGCGACCCAGGCUGGGAGAGGGAGGUAAUGACAGGGUUUAGGUCACAGGUGGACUGUGAUGACCUCGUGUAGGUUGCUCGGAUGGGAGCCCCGCGGGUUGAGGUGCCGUUGCCAUCUCUGCUGUUGCUGUUGCUGCUGCUACUGCUGUUGGGCCUGCAGAAGCUGAGGAGCCAGGAGCUGUCCUGUGCCGUGUUCCCUGGCCAUGUGGACUGGAAUCAGGAGUUCGAUGCCUCGUGCCUCAAUUUCAGUGGCCGGGGCCUGCACCUACCGAAGAACCGGUCCCUGCAGGCCAGCCGCCUUCAAGUUCUCGAUCUGUCCUGCAAUGGCCUGCGAGAACUCCCUCGGGCCUUCUUUGACAGUCUGGAAAACUUGCGUGUCCUGGAUGUCACCCACAACCCGUUGGGCAGCGUGGACGCGGCACUGGCCACACGCUGUGACCGCGACCUCAGGGCCGACUGUGCCUGCAGCCUGUUGGCCUGGCAGGUGAUCCGCAGAGACAACUGCUCCCACCAGCCACCCCUACUAUGUCUCCAGGGAGAUACCGGGAUCUGGAAGAACCUUUCCACCUUCCUCCAGGUCAGCUGUCCUCCGGGCUUGGCCCCAGCAACCAUAGGUGGCUUAGUGGCUGGUGGAAUUCUCUUCCUGGUGUUUGCCAUCACUGGCCUGGUGCUGGCUUGGAGACUCCAAGGACACCGAGCGGCCAGUGGCCAGGGUCUGGGCAAAGCCUGGCAGGGUGGACCCAGACCUGGGACAGGCUCCCAGGACCGUUAUAGCAGCCGCCACCCCAGCCCCAAACAGUCCGUGGACACCCCAACAGGCAGGAACACUCCUGAGUAUGAGAACAUAUUCCUGGGCCAGCCAGCCGACGGACACCAGUGGAUGGCACCCAGAGUCCACCCUCCUGAGGAUAGUGAUGUCUACAUGAACUACAAGGGAGCUCACCUGGACCAUCAGCCAGUCUAUGGCAACCUGGAGGCCCUGGGGGGCGCUUGUCCUCAAGAAGAGGAGAAUGUGGUCCAUGGGUACUGAGCUUGGGAUACCUCCUCUGCUCCUCAGGAGACUCAGUCAACCCCAUCAGAAUGAUGGGGACAAAGAGCCCAUCCUCAAGGCUCCAGGAUGUCCUGCAGGACCCUUCUCAGUCCCCAUUCUGCUCCUUCGUCAUCUCAGCUGGCAGAGAGGGUCAGGAGAGACUCCAAAAGUAGAAAGAGGGUCAGUGCCUGAACCCUCUUGUCAGAAUACAGGUGGUGCUCAAUAAAUGCUUUGGGAUGGAUGAGGCAGCUGCUGGUUAGAGUUGUAUACAUGACAUGUGGUAGGGCUUCCUGAGUCAUAAGAGCUCAUCUUUCCAUGAGACUCUGAGGUGCUCUGUACCCCAAUCCCUCCAGGUCCCUCUGGAGGCCCUGCCCUGAGGACUCUAAAUGUGUGAGGCCUAACUGGCUCCUCCUGUCACAUGCCAGCCAUAGCUCCCCUGUGCUCCUACCUCUAUGCUCUCCAUUCCUGCUACCUGGACUCAUCCCCA